AUGGCACUCUCGCCGCAAAGCAUUGUCUGCCGUGCAUGGGAGUCGCCUUACUAUCCCUUCGCAGUAAAGAACUCCUUUCGCAGACAUCUUCAACGGAUAUUGGUUGCUAUAGGAAUUCAUUACUCUUCUCUUACCAUCGGCGUCCCAAGGGAGAUCUAUCCUCAAGAGCGACGUGUUUCACUGACGCCUCAGAAUGUUGCCUUACUGCUGAAGAAAGGCUUCGACAAAGUGCUGAUCGAACACGAUGCCGGCGUGCUCGCACAAUUUCGGAACGACGAUUACAAGACAGCUGGUGCAACUCUUGUGUCUCGAGAAGACGUGUUUCACGCGUCCGAUAUUAUGUUGAAGGUCCGACCACCACUACUGGGCCAAGAGGCGGAAUAUGUUAAAGAGGGCAGCACUCUCAUCUCUUUCUUAUACCCCAGGCAAAACAAGGAGAUCGUGGAUACGCUAGCUAAGAGAAACGUUAAUGCAUUGGCCAUGGACAUGAUACCCAGGAUAUCGCGCGCGCAAACUUUUGACGCUCUUAGCUCAAUGGCAAACAUCGCAGGUUAUAAAGCAGUACUAGAAGCAUCAAAUCAUUUCGGACGGUACAUGACUGGUCAAGUCACCGCUGCCGGGAAGAUUCCUCCUUGCAAAGUGCUUGUUAUUGGUGCUGGCGUCGCUGGCCUCAGCGCCAUUGCAACGGCUAGACGCUUGGGUGCCAUCGUUCGCGGUUUCGACACUCGAUCCGCUGCUCGUGAACAAGUCCAGUCUCUCGGUGCGGAAUUCAUCGAAGUGUCCAUUCAAGAAGAGGGCGGUGGAGGCGGUGGAUAUGCUAAGGAGAUGUCUAAGGAAUUUAUCGAAGCCGAGAUGGCGUUGUUCAUGGAACAAUGCAAAGAUGUCGACAUCGUGAUUACUACGGCACUUAUUCCAGGAAAGCCUGCGCCCAAAUUGAUUACUAACGAGAUGGUUGCAGCUAUGAAACAAGGAUCUGUGAUUGUUGACCUCGCAGCCGAAUCUGGUGGGAACUGCGAAGCAACCAAACCUGGAGAGUUACAUGUACACCGGGGAGUGACCAUCAUUGGUUACACUGAUCUUCCGUCUCGACUGCCAACCCAGUCUUCGACGUUGUACUCAAAUAACAUCACCAAGUUCUUGCUCUCGAUGACCCCCACGAAUAUCCCGGAUAAAUUCUUCUUGGAUCUCGAAGAUGAAGUCAUCCGUGGUGCGAUGGUUGUGCAUCAUGGCAGUCUUUUGCAACCCGUACCCCGCGCCCCAGCUGUGGCCUCUGUACCACCAGCAACUCCCUCGAAAGCUGACGAGAAGAAGGCAGAGAUCUUGGCGAUCACACCGUGGCAAAAAGCGACACGCGAAGUCGCAACUGUCACUGCUGGUAUGGGAGGCGUGGUUGCGCUUGGCAAGUUGACAGGACCAUUGUUCAUGUCGAACUUCUUCACUUUCGGACUCGCUGGUCUCAUCGGGUAUAGGGUAGUUUGGGGUGUAGCGCCCGCGCUUCACUCGCCGUUGAUGUCCGUCACUAAUGCGAUCUCAGGUAUGGUUGGUAUAGGCGGCCUGUUCGUGAUGGGUGGAGGCUAUUUCCCAGGAACGAUCCCUCAAGCUCUUGGUGCUCUUUCUGUGUUGCUGGCAAGCGUCAAUGUUUCUGGAGGCUUCGUCAUCACUAAGCGCAUGCUGGACAUGUUCAAAAGACGAGGAGAUCCGCCGGAGUAUUCAUGGCUGUAUGGUAUUCCGGCAGUAGUUUUCACUGGAGGCUUCCUCGCUGCCGCCAGCACGGGGAUGGCGGGACUAGUUCAAGCUGGCUAUCUGACGAGCAGUCUUCUAUGUAUAGGUUCUCUUUCUGCACUCGCUUCUCAGACUACAGCCCGUCAGGGUAACCUUAUCGGUAUACUGGGUGUAGGGUCGGGAAUAUUAGCGUCGCUCGCAGCUGUCGGUUUUCCUCCCGAAGUCCUUGCACAGUUUGUUGCAGUGGCGGCGAUGGGUGGCACUGUAGGCACAAUCAUCGGACGGAGGAUCACCGCGACAGAGCUGCCUCAGAUGGUCGCGGCGUUACAUUCAGUCGUCGGUCUUGCUGCUGUGCUUACGAGUGUCGCGAGUGUACUGCAGGGAGUAGACCACGUCUCAACGUUACAUCUUGUUACCGCUUACCUUGGUGUUCUGAUCGGUGGUGUCACGUUCACUGGUUCCAUUGUAGCUUUCAUGAAGCUCGCGGGCAAGAUGUCUUCGAAACCGUUGAGGCUUCCUGGACAGCAUCUCAUUAAUGGAUCUCUUCUCGGUGCAAAUGCCGUGACGAUGGGGGCAUUUUUAUCUAUGGCGCCCACUGUUCCUGCCGUUGCUGCUAUUUACCUCGGCAUCAACACGAUCCUUAGUUUCAUUAAGGGAUAUACUUUGACUGCCGCCGUUGGCGGAGCAGAUAUGCCGGUUGUCAUCACUGUUUUGAACGCCUACUCUGGUUUUGCGCUUGUGGCAGAAGGUUUCAUGCUUGACAAUCCUCUGUUAACAACCGUUGGCUCUCUUAUCGGUGUUAGCGGAUCUAUACUGUCCUAUAUCAUGUGUGUUGCCAUGAACCGUUCAUUGACCAAUGUUCUUUUCGGAGGAGCCGGUGCACAAGCUGUCGCACCGUCUGACUAUAAGAUUGAAGGUCAGAUCACUCAGACGAACUCUGACGAGGUCGUGGACGCAUUGGCAAACGCGGAUAGCGUUAUUUUGGUUGUUGGAUAUGGCAUGGCGGUGGCAAAAGCUCAAUAUGCCAUUUCUGAAAUAACCACCCUGCUUCGAGCAAGAGGCAUCAAUGUUCGGUUUGCUAUCCAUCCAGUCGCAGGCCGUAUGCCUGGCCAGUGCAACGUCCUCCUUGCGGAAGCAUCCGUUCCCUAUGAUAUUGUACUCGAGAUGGACGAAAUUAACGAUGAUUUCGGCGAGACUGACGUUACCCUUGUAAUCGGGGCAAACGACACCGUCAAUCCAAUUGCAUUAGAACCUGGUAGCUCCAUUGCUGGCAUGCCUGUUUUGCACGCAUGGAAGAGUAAGCAGGUAGUUGUCAUGAAGAGAGGGAUGAGCAGUGGAUACGCGGAUGUGCCAAACCCGAUGUUCUACAUGCCGGGCACAAAGAUGCUCUUUGGUGAUGCGAAGGACUCGUGCGAGGCGUUGAAGCGAGGCUUGGAGGCCAGAGCCUGAUAACGUGAAUAGUUCUGGAGACUACGGAUCUGAAAAAGAAAGAUGUACAGCAGGUGUAUAUACACAGGAUAUGUCAAAUGAUGUACAACAACAUACUCAUGUACUGUGAACGAAUUCAAUAGGCUUGCAAGCUUGCGGUAC